GGAGCUUGGAAGAACAGGGUGCGAGAUUUAAAAAUGGCCCAGGAAGGUGGCUUAACGGUUUCGGAUUGUGCUUCUUCUUCGCCACAGACGGCGGUGAAGGCGACUUUUGUGGGAUGUGGCACGACAAAGUGUAGUUCUUCCGUCCCGUUCGCUGAGGUGGAGUCGGUAGCCACUGGAUGGAUGCUGGAUUUCGCCUGCCGCUGCCUGUGCCACCAUUUUUGUGAGGGCGACCGGAUCGACUUCGAGAGGAGCAGAGACCUGGCCCUGACUAUUAUUAAAGGGUUGCACAGAAUAGAAACUCAUCAAGUGGAAACAGUGUCCCUCUGUCAGCUGUUGACGUAUAUUGCAGAAGGAAAAACACUUGAUUCUCAUUUUGGAGAUGACCAAACAUGUUCACCACUGGAAAAUGCACUGUCCAUUUGGAUUUCAUUCCUAAAAACACAAAGGAAACAAGAUAAAUUACAUGAAGAUAUCAAGCGCUUAAUUCAAAUUCAGGCUGUAGCUAUAUAUAUGGAAAAAGGAUAUUUUCAAGAGGCUGCAGAAGUGAUAGAAAGACUUUUUCCAGAAUCUUUCUCCAAUGAGCCUUUAAGAAUGAAGCUAUCUGCAAUAAUGAAACAAAAAGAUCCAUAUCAUCCAUUUCUUCGAUAUUUCAGUUUCAAUCUUUUGACUGAGAGAAUCAAAUCUUAUAUCAAUAUUUUCUUGGAAAAAGAAACGAACAAUCUUUUAAUGAAGGAAGCUACAAAAGAGGUGGAAACUAAAAAUUCAGGAAAAAUAAUGGUACACAUGCAAUGUGACAGUACAGCUGAGACAAAGAAAGAAAAUCAUUUGGAAAACACACAAAGCACCCUGCUAAAAUUACAUAAACAUUCCUGUUCCUUACCUGGUCAGUCAUUUUGGAAACCAGUAGAGAUACGGACUUCCCAGUUGUCAAAAAAUAUGAAACGAGAAGCCCUUCAGUGUAAAAAAAAUCUGCAAAAUACUGAAAAUUUUCUACAAGAUUAUGAGUUUCUGCCAGCUGGUCAGAAGAAAAAGCGAUGGAAGUUGGAAGAAGACCAGAAAUUAAAAGAUGGCGUACAGAAGUUUGGAGUUGGAAACUGGAUUAAAAUUCUUCAGAAUUAUGACUUUGAUAACAGAACCAAUGUUAUGUUAAAAGACAGAUGGAGAACUUUAGUUAAGAAAGGCUUGACCUAAGUUUCUUUUCCUAAAUAGUCAACCUAUUACUUACCUGUUUCUGUAUAUUAUUGCAAUGAUGUGACAGUCUUAUCAGGUGAUGUCUUAAAGUAAUAUAAAAUACAACAGUAAGCAUUUUACGCAAUUAUACUUCCUUAAAAAAAAGUCUUUGGUGUCUUCAAUUGAUUCUUGAAAAUCUAGAGGUA